GUGAAGUUCCUGUCCAACGUGGAGUCCGCCGGGCACACCUGCUACACCAUCGAGAUCACGCAUGCGGGGAGCCGCUGGCAGCAGGUGAAGCGCUAUCGGGAACUACGCGAGCUUCACGACGAGUUGAAGUUGAAGCACGGCGAGAUUCUGCCGCCCUUCCCAGGGAAGCGCUUCUUUGGCAACAGUGAUCCAGCCUUCGUGGCACAGAGACAGGAAGGAUUAGAACGGUAUCUGGUGGGAGUUCUCCAGCUCGACCCAGAUGUCACCCACCCGGCCCUUCGAUCGUUCCUGGGAGGUCCCACUCCAACGCUGGAUCUGGGCCCUUCCGCUCAGGAGAAGGAGCUACUGGACGCGCUGCGUCGGCAGCUGCUAACCUCCCACCCUUCAGCCGCCGCUCUCGAAGAACGAGAAACGACCGAGAGAAGGAGGAGGUUUGUUGAGAGCAUGAAACUCAGUGUCCUAGCUCAGCCCGUUGAUCCCGUGAUCCUCCGGGACCUCGGCUUGGACGGUGAUCCGGUGCCUAUCUCCCAAG